AUGGCAAGUGUUGUUAAUACAAAUACAGUCAACUUCUUAGAAAGAAAGAGACUGAACUGUCAUGACACUGAUAUUGCUGAUAUCUGGCAAAGACUGCAAGAUCUUUACAUUAAGAGGCAAUACAGAUUGUGGCAUCAGUUAACGUUGGAAUUAAAUUCGUUUAUGAAUUCGAGUUAUUUUAAUUCGGGAGAUGAACUACUAGAGAUAUACCAACAAUUUAUUUCAGAUAUCGAAUUAAGACUUGGAGUAUUCGAUACAUCUGUUAGAAGGGGUCCUCGAAAAGCAAUUAAUAAAAGACCUUUACAUAAAAGAAUUCGAACAUUUCAGGUCAAUAAAGACGUCGAAUCAAUUGUAUUAUGCAAGACCGCCAUAGGAAGAAUAUAUUUGGCAAGGAAUGACCUGAAUUCUGUCAAGAGGGUUGUUGAUGAAACUGCACCCCUAUUGGACGAAAUGCAAGGGAUUACAUCAGUACAUGCCCAGUACUAUGAUCUGUGUAGCAAAUGUUGUAAGAUGCAAGGAGAUUUUUCAGGGUACUUUGCUGAUGCAUUGAGAUUUUUAGGUUGCAUUGACUUAAAAGAUAUGACAUUGGAUGAACAAAAAGCUCGAGCACGUGACCUUUCCUUUGCCGCACUGUUGGCGGAUAAUUUAUUUAAUCUUGGGGAACUGCUCGUUCAUCCAAUAUUAAAUUCUUUACGUAAAACUAAUGAUGAAUGGAUCAUAAGAAUGCUGUUAGCCUUUAAUAAAGGAGAUCAUGAAUCUUUUGAGAAUUUGAAACCGUACUGGAAGGAACAGACCGAAUUAGCUCAAAAUGAAGGGAGCUUACGACAAAAGCUGGCCCUAUUUGGCCUAGUUGAGCUAACAUUUCAUAAACCGGCCAAUAAUCGAGUUCUAAGUUUUAAAGAAAUUUCUCACUUUACGAAAACACCAUUAGGCUCGGUUGAGAUGCUUGUCAUGAAAGCUUUUGCUCGUGGUUUACUUGAAGGCAAAAUCAAUCAAGUAUUUGAAAGAGCUGAAAUGAUAUGGGUCCGGCCUAGAGUACUCGAUCUAUCACAGCUAACCGAAUUGAAAGAACAGAUAAGCAGUUGGUCCGAUAAAGUUAGAAAAACAGUUUCAAAUAUUGAAGAAAAGUCCCCUGAAGUUGUUGCCUAA